CCAAAUUGAACGACAACAAAUUGAAAAAGAAUUUUCAAAACUUAAAGAUCGACUUGAAACAGCAGUUACUCAAGUAACAAAUUUUCAAACUAAUGGCACACAAAUCUUACGAACAUUAUUUUCUGAAUCUCGUCAAAUAGAUGAACAAUUAUCUGGGCUUAUAUCUCAAUGUUUAGCAUCACUUUGUCGUUCUCGAACAAUAGUUAAUUCAAAAAUAAAUGAAUUUUUACAAAAAUCCGAACAUAUUCAAUCUGAAUUAACUGAUCGACAAAUCUUAAUACAUAAUACACAAUCAUCAAUAAAAUUAAUGCUUGAAUUAGUUAAUACACUUAAUGAAUUAAAUAUUGAAAAUUCACAAGAUAUAACAAUAGCUAUAUCAGAUUUUGAAAAACGAUAUCAAGAAUUUACUGAUCUUUCACAAACAACAAAAUAUACUUUGGAUAUUGAUAAAGAAAUGAAUGAAAUUCGUUUAUUAGAAAAUGAAAAAAUUCGAUUAGAAAAAGAAUUAUUAGAAGAAACUAUAUUACUUGAAAAUAUUUCUACUAUCCUAGGAAAAUCAAUUAUUAUUUAG